AUGGCAGCGGGGCCGAUUGCCGAAAGAAAUCAAGAUGCCACAAUAUACGUUGGAGGACUGGAUGACAGGGUUUCGGAAAGCCUAUUAUGGGAGCUGUUCGUGCAAGCUGGACCCGUAGUGAAUGUUCACAUGCCCAAAGACAGAGUAACACAAACUCAUCAAGGAUAUGGAUUUGUUGAGUUUAUGGGAGAGGAAGAUGCGGAUUAUGCUAUAAAAGUGAUGAAUAUGAUAAAGCUGUAUGGUAAACCAGUAAGAGUAAAUAAAGCAUCAGCCCAUCAGAAGAAUCUUGAUGUUGGAGCUAAUGUAUUCAUAGGAAACUUAGAUCCUGAAGUUGAUGAAAAAUUGCUAUAUGAUACUUUCUCAGCUUUUGGUGUCAUAUUACAAACACCGAAGGUUAUGAGAGAUCCAGAAACUGGUAACUCCAAAGCAUUUGCAUUCAUAAACUUUGCAUCGUUCGAGGCGUCAGAUGCAGCAAUAGAAGCUAUGAAUAAUCAGUACCUCUGUAACAGACCAAUAUCAGUUUCUUAUGCAUUUAAGAAGGAUGUCAAAGGAGAGAGGCAUGGAUCUGCUGCAGAAAGAUUACUUGCUGCUCAGAAUCCGCUAUCCCACGCGGACCGUCCUCACCAGCUGUUCGCAGACGCCCCACCAACAAUGAUGGGCCCUGUACUAAUGGCACCACCACCUCCGCCAACUCCAUCACCGAUGCCGCCUCAAGGGCCUCCGAUGGGCACUCGACCACCACCGCCCUUACCUAUGACAGCGCCGCCUCCACCACCGUCUUCAAUGCCACCACCUGGCCCGCCACCGCCUCCAGGCCCUCCGCCACCACCACCACCAUUCCAUCAUUUCCCACCCCCACCCUUCGGUCCACCAGGCUUUGGACCUCCACCGCCUCCUGGAGCUCGGCCACCUCCUCCAUGGAGGCCGCCGCCUCCGUCCUUCAGACCGCAGUUUCCACCACGUGGACCUCCACCCUUCGGUCAUCCACCAUUUCCGCCACACCCGCCUGAACCAAAUUAUAACUAUUAA